UUGGCUUCUUCGACGAGAAUUUUCGCAUUCAAAACGUACGCGGCGUCAACUAAGUCUGAGAAUAGCAGCUGCAAAUCAUCUUUGUUUCGAUUUAUGUAAUUGAAAUGGAGUUUUAAAACAAAUAGUUAAAGAGAAAGUGAAAUUUAAAAUGCUGCCACCCAAACGUGAUCCCAUAAGUGUUCGCACAGCGCGAUUAAACAAUCUAAUCCUUGGCAAAGGACAAGGCGUCCCUCCAAAAUCGGGAAAUUUAGGCGGCGCCAGUGUCAGACGUAGUGUUUUACCCGUCAGCACAGUAAGCGCAUCUGUCGCGGAGGCCAUCUGUCGGGAGGGCCUUCUUGAUGCAUUCUGCUUGCUGUACAAUGAGUGUGACAAGGAUCAGUUGAAAAAGCGAGAUCGCAACAUAUCGGAAUUUGUCAACAAAUUUCGUCCCAUUGUUGAGGAGACCCGCCAGCUACGGGUGAAUAUCGAUGAUUUUAUCGUCAAGACUCUGAUUGGGAAAGGAUACUUCGGAAAUGUCCAUUUGGUGAUAGAGCGUGAGACCUCCGAUGUCUAUGCCAUGAAGAAGGUUAAGAAAUCCGUGGUGACUACCUCACAAGUAAAGGAGGAGCGCGAUAUAAUGGCCAGACGACAGUCUGAAUGGCUGAUAAACUUGCAAUAUGCCUUUCAGGAUAAUGAUCAUCUGUACUUGGUUAUGGAGUACAUGCCUGGAGGGGAUUUGCUCAGUUUGAUGUCACGUCAUGGUCCCUUCGAUGAGGAUCUGGCACGCUUUUAUUUGGCCGAAUUAACACUGGCUUUGCAUGCCCUGCAUAGCAUGGGUUAUGUCCAUCGUGAUAUUAAGCCAGAGAACAUACUAAUCGAUCGUCUUGGUCAUAUAAAAUUAGCCGAUUUCGGCAAUGCUGCGGAACUGGAUCGAGAUGGUCAUGUUUUAAGUUUGUCCCCGGUGGGAACACCGGAUUAUAUAGCUCCCGAAUUACUGCAAACUAUAUCGACUUACAAGCUAUCCAAGUCGAUGCAUGAUGUAAGUUGUGAUUACUGGUCCAUGGGUAUAAUUGGCUAUGAGCUAAUGUGUGAUAUAACACCAUUCCAUGAUGACAAUGUCCACGAUACAUAUUCGAAAAUUCUCUCGCACUGCGAAGAGAGCCAUCUGAAGGAGUUGAUUACAUUUCCCAGCGACUUGAAGGUCUCUGCCAAUUAUAAGAAUUUAAUUGAAUCUCUGGUCACAAAUCCAUCAAAACGAUUGACCUACGAUCAAUUGGUGAAGCAUCCGUUCUUCGAUCACAUACAAUGGAAUACUUUACGUUCCCAAGUACCACCGAUUAUGCCCACCAUUAAGUCUGAUGAUGACACUUCCAAUUUCGAAGACGGUGGCUCCAGACACAAGGGUAGGCGUGAUCAGAAAGCGGUGGCCAGCAAGAAAUCCUUGACAACCAAUAUGAAAUCCCAUGAUUUUAGUGGCAAGGAUUUGCCGUUUAUUGGUUACAGUUUUGUCCAUAUGGAAAAGCAGACAUCGGCGACAUCAGCAUCACCCAAUCUUGAUGCCAAGUUCCAAGAGAAACUUAAGGAUUUGCAACAGAAGUUAAAGUUACGUGAAACCGAAAUAGCUAUGCUUAAAAAGGAUCUGCAGCGAGCUCAACAAUCGCUCAAACAGACCGAUACAAAGUCUCCAGUGCUUGUUGAAGCCAAAAUGGAAAUCAAAAAGCUGCAACAAAUUAUCAAAGAGAAAACCAUAGAAUUGGCCCAUUGUAAUACACAAAUUAAAACCCUGCAAAGCUCGGCUAAAAUCGAUGAAGAAAUGUGGUCCAAGAAGGAGGCCACCAUUACGGAUCUUUUGCGUUUGAAUCGCCAAAAAUAUGAGGAGGCAAAAAUUGCCUCCGAGCAGAGAUAUGAAAAGCAAUUAACUGAAAAGAAGCAAGAAUUGGCUACUUGCCUACAAAAAAUGGAGGGUCGUGAGUUAGAAUUCAAUGCCAAAAACGAUGAGUGCAAGCAUCUGAGCGAUAAAUUAAAGAACUACAUGGAAAUGUUAAAGCAAAUGAAGGAGCAAAGCCUUCAGGCAGAAAUAAAACAAGAUAAACAACGUACCCAACUGGCUGAAAACUAUGAGAAGAAGCUCGACGAGUUGAACCAAAAGCUGAGGCAAUCCAAAGAUACACAUCGUCGUACAACUUUAGAGUUGCAAGAUGUUCGCAAUCAAUUGAAUGAUACCGUAUCCAGUUCAAAAUCCACUCAAGAAGCCAAGCAGGCAACCCAGCGUAAUCUCGAGGAGCUACUAAGGCGUCUUGAUCGUGAAAUAGCAGCUAACAAUGAGUUGCAUUCGGUCAAUGCCCAAUUAAACACAGAAAUAAAAUCCAAAGACAAGGAAAUGCAGGAACAACAGACUGAAUGUCAGCGCUUGGAACGAGAAUUACAGCUUGCCGAGUGUCGUUGUCAUAUUGCUGAAUCAUCGUUAGCUUCCCAAACGGCUUCACCCUAUGAAACAGCACCUGGCUCCUUGACUGAGCUACAUACGAUUGGAGAUCAAUUGCGAGCGGAUUUGGAGGCCGCCAAGGAGGCGGAAAGUCAACAGAAAAUUCGAGCUGAUAAAUUGCAGACUUUAGUCUCGAAACUGGAGGAGCAACUGGAGCAUUUCAAUGAGCAGAGUAGUUUAAUGGUGGCGAAGAGACCGCCACCCGAUGCGGUAGGUGACAUGUUGGAGCGUCAGAAUGAGAAACUGGAGGAUAAAUUGGCUACAGUCCGCGAGCAAAUGAUUGUUGAGCGUCAAGCGGCUCGUACUGCGAAUCUUUCGCUAUGGAAAGUAGAAAAGCAGCUCGAAGAGACUUUGUCGCAAAAUAAAUUGCUGACUCGUCGCAUGGAGCUGACCGAGGAUCGUGUCAAGAAGGCGCAGAGUGACCGGGACGAGGCUCAACGUGUGCUUAAGUUCUCACAGGAAGAGACCCGUCAGAGAGAGUCACGCAUAGACGAGCUAAAAGAGGAACUAGCUGCCUCCAAACGGGAUGUCAUGAAGGAGCAUCGUUUAUGGGAGAAGGCAGAGCAGGAGCGAAUCAAGUCCAAAUCGGAGAUCAUAGAACAUUUGGCCAAAAUCCAUAGCCUAGAACAGCAGGCAACAGAUCUGCGCCAAAAGCUGCACCAGGCUAAUUCACGCAUCGAUAGCUUGACUCUGGAUCAGAAGAGACUGCAGCGUGAGUUAAAGGAGGAGCACGAUCGUAGCGCCUCCCUAGGCGCUGAAUCCACUGCGCUUCGCAAAGAGGUGAAACAGCUUACAGAGAAUUUCCAACGUUUGAAAUAUGCCUGCAGCAUUACGGACAAUCAGAUAACUGAAUUGGAGUCUCUCUUGACCAGCGAACAGGCACGAAAUAAAACCCAAAAGACGCAGCUUGAUGCCUGCCAUAGCAAACUGCGCGAACGGGACGAUCAACUCACCCAGUUACGUGAAGAAUUGGCCGCCAUGGAGUCGGAUAAACGUCUGAUCGAACAGCGUUCCAAAUUGGUUACAACUGCUCUCGAGGAUAUGGAAGUGACGCUGGCGGAUGUUCAAAAGAAAAUGAUCAAUCAGCAGAGUCAAUUGGUGGAGCAAACCAAUGCCUUGUUUUCUGCUCAAGAGCGUAUCUCCCAGCUGGAUUCGGACAACACAAAUUAUCAAUCGGAACUCUCGGAUUAUAAGAAGGAUAAUACUCGUAUAUUGAGUGAACUUUUCCAUCGUAAAGAGGAAAUUGGUAAUUUGCAGGCAGAGAUCAAGGAUUUGCAAAGCACUCAAUCGGAUUUGAAUGCCGAAAUCGAUGAGCUCCAAGACAUGCUUACCGAGAAGGAACAAUUCUAUGUGCAGCGUGAUAUUAAGGCCACGGCCACAUUGGCUCAGCAUAAGAAACUGAUUGACUAUUUACAGCUUCAAGUGGAAGAUCUGUCUGCCAAAAAGAAGAAAACACUAGCCGAUAAAAUAUUUGGUAGUCACACCAGCAAAGAGAACAUCUCACCAAAUGAUGUUGAAUCUUGUAUACUCUAUCGUACUCUCAAAGAGGAGCUUCGCCGCGAACAGAAAAUAAAUAAGACAUUGAAAGAGCAAUUGGAGCAAGUGGAUGGCCAAGCCGCCUUGCGUUCACAGCGUAAGUUCACUCAUGAUGAGAACGAGGAUCAACAAGUUAAGCAGCGACCCGUAAGCAUAGCCGUCUUGCCACAUUCCCCACGAAAACAGCACCAGCAAGGAUCACCUGUGAAGCGUGCUACCAGUCAGGUAGAACUCAGAAGUUCUUCCACAAAAGUUCACAUUCAUUCGGAACGAAAAUCACCCAAAAAGAUCACCGAAAAGAAAGAACCAGCAGCAGCAGCAGUAGCAACAAAUCAAGUAGCGGAGACAGGUCAUCAUCGUUUUGAAUUGGCACUGCAGGAGUCCAAAUUAGAUGCUCUGAGCUGUAUUGUAUGUGAUCAGCCCAUGAUUGCUGGUUCAUCGUUUUGGCGUUGUCGCGAAUGCAAGGAUGUUUGCCAUCGCAAGUGUCGUUCGAGUGUGACCUCCAGUUGUGGAAGUGAAACCCCUAAAGCCACUGCUCCACCAGCUGAUGCCAUGAGUCUGACAUCAACUGAGGUGGAUCUGGAUACACUGGACAGCAAUCGCGAGGGAGGGGGAGGUGGCGGUGGUGGAAGCGUUGCAGAUUACUUGGGCACGUUAGUGUACAAUGGUAACGAGCAGAUGAAGAGUGAAUCAACAGAUAUCGAGGUGAACUGUCUCUUCGAGGUGGUUGAACAAAAGAUUCUUCUACUGGGCUGUAAUAAUGGUCUUUAUGCCUAUCAUUUGAGUAAUCAACGUUUGAUUCAUAUAGCCGGCAUAGUUUCGGUUGCCCACAUAUCCAUAUCCACGCGCUUGGCCAAGGCCAUUAUGGUGGACACAGCUGGCGAGAAGCUGUACCAGUGCGACUAUCGUCAGCUGGAGUCACGCUGCCAGAGCUCCAAUGCUUGCCAUAAACCAGCUUUAGAAACUGCUGUCAUCGAAUUGCCUUUUGCCAAUCGGACGGCCAGUGAGAAAUGGAAAUUAGUGGAAAUAUCCAAUGAAUCGGAGAACCCCUUGGACUCGGUGGCCAUAGCGGCGACCUCAACUCGCAUAGUUAUACUCAAAUAUGACUCGAAAUUGCAUAAAUUCAAGCCAGUGCGUGCCCUGGACACUGCCACGCCGGUCACUUCGAUCUUCUUUACACGCCACUCGGCCAUUGUAAGUUCCGAUAAAUUCUAUGAAAUCGAUUUGGAUAACUAUGGAGCUGAGGAAUUCGUUGAUCUGGCAGACAAGUCCAUGCAGCACACCUCCAAUUGUCAACCCUUUGUGGCUGUACGCAUUUCCAAGCAAGAGUAUUUGCUUUGCUUCUCCGAAUGCGGUGUAUUUGUCGAUGAGUUUGGCUGUCGUUCGCGUCCAUAUGAUCUGAAUUGGGUUUAUGCCCCUACAGGAUUUGUCUAUCGCGAACCAUUCCUCUAUGUGGCCCAUUAUCAGUGUGUGCAAAUUAUUCGAUUGCAUCGUUCUUACAGCAAGGAAGUGGCUAACAAUGACAAUAGUUCGGAGUCAAGUGAAUCACCGGAUUUGCAUCGCGUUUAUUUACCCCAUCAUAUGUCCACACUGUUGGGAAAUAGUGGCGAAAUAAAUCUGUAUGCCAUGGCCAUGGAUCAACAUCAUCAUCCCGACAAGGGGGGACGUCAGAAGAUCUAUCUUUUGGAUUCAUUGCUGGCAUUUAAAAAGAAAUUAAAUGUCUCCAUGGAAACUAUAUCAUCGGUGGCCACGUCUGUGACAUUGGGUUCAUGUUUGACCACAGAUAGCUCUUAAUUCUUUUUUUUAACGUAUAUAAAUGUAUACAAAUAUUUGUAUUUUAAUUUUAGAACAUUUUGUGCGAAUUUUAACACAAAUAAAAGUAAUGAAAUUCAAAUAUAUAAUACAUGCAAUUUAAGUAUAA